AUGUCCAACCCCAGGGUCUUCUUCGACGUCACCAUUGGCGGCUCGCCCGCAGGCAGAAUUGUCAUGGAGCUUUUCGCCGACCAGGUCCCCAAGACCGCCGAGAACUUCCGCGCUCUCUGCACCGGCGAGAAGGGUACUGGCCGCUCCGGCAAGCCCCUCCACUACAAGGGCUCCAACUUCCACCGCGUCAUCCCCCAGUUCAUGCUUCAGGGCGGUGACUUCACCCGCGGCAACGGCACCGGUGGUGAGAGCAUUUACGGCGAGAAGUUCGAUGACGAGAACUUCAACCUGAAGCACACUGGCCCUGGUAUCCUCUCCAUGGCUAAUGCCGGACCUGGUACCAACGGCUCCCAGUUCUUCAUCUGCACCGUCAAGACCUCCUGGUUGGACGGCAAGCACGUCGUUUUCGGUCAGGUCGUCGAGGGUCUUGACGUCGUCCAGGCCAUCGAGAAGGUCGGCUCCUCCAGCGGCUCCACCUCGAAGACCGUUUCCAUUGCCAACUCUGGCCAAUUAAUAAUUGGCGAUCGUACUGAAAGACUCAUGAUGACGACGAUUCACGACAGACAACAUGGCUUGAUAAGAGGAGACAACGCACUAUACAUAUGUUCCAGGCUUUGCCGUCGUUCUGUGCCAUCGUGA